AUGGCGGCCACUGAAACUACGCCCUUGCUGGGCAAUGGCGCCCAAGGGAAGAAGCAGCCGGUCGCUAGAGCGAAAGCGGAGCAAAAGAGUUCCUUCUUCGGGCCCGCCAAUCGCAUCCUCUUGGCCGGUUUCUUGAUGGCAUUCACACUGGGCAUUACCCAAGUUCCCAUCAUUUACGUAUUUCGUGUAAUGGAAUGUGAUGUAUUCUAUAGCCAUAAUCCUCCCUUUGACGGGAUUGGUGAUCGCUGCCACCGCCGGGAGAUCGACGCCGGCACCGCGACGCAGGUCUCUAUACUAGGAAUGUCCACUUCAUUCAGCGGCGUCUUCAAUCUCUUUGUGUGCGGGUAUUUCAUCAAAUUGUGGGGGCCGCGAUGGGCUUUUGUUAGUCAGACUUCGCUGCUUGGCAUCCGUGUAGCCACUCAGGUCAUGGGCGUGACUAUUGGCGGCAGAACUGGUAUAAUCAUAUUCCAGGCUUUCCAGAGUAUAGGCAUCAUCGGCGGGCCGCGUGGGUUCCAGUUGGUGCUUAAUACAGCAGUCAGUGAAAUUGUUCCUGCAAGAGACCGAACUGCCGUCUUUGGUAGACUUCAAGGAUCCAUCAUGCUUGGAACUGCCUUUGGCUAUCUGUUGGGCGGUGUACUUGGUGACAUGUAUGGCAUUCGACGGCCUUUCGAAGUGGCCUUCUUCCUCUACAUAACGUCCAGCAUAUACGGCGCCCUGUUCUUGCCCGAAGCACCGACCGAGGGCCACGCUGAAAAGAAGAACCCUCGUGGUGUCGGUGGCUUCUUUGCGCCUCUCAAGGUCAUUGUCCCCCAAAAGUAUAUCCAGGAAGAUGGAAAAUUGUUCACAAGUUACGGCCUGAUCUUCCUUGCACUAGGCAUCUUCCUCGGAGUUUUCGCCUCGACCUAUGCACCAACCUUGUUGCAAAUGUAUGCCACGUCCGAAUUCGGCUUUGGUACCACGGAGAACGGAUGGCUCAUGUUUGGAAACGCCCUUAUUCGGGGUCUCUUUUUGAUUGUCAUGUUUCCCAAGAUCAUCUCGGUCGGAAGAACUUGGCUCAAUGGACCCAGCGAAAAUUCCCAUGGUAACGAGGUCGCCAAUGGAGAUGAAGACGAUGUGCCGACUGAUCCUCGCGAUUUUCCCGCUUCUCCAGGUGAAGAAGUCCCACAAGAACCGAUCAAGGCACCGCAACCAGAGGAAGAAGAGGAUGAAGACGUCGGGACUACCUUUGAUCUGUUGUUUGUACGCUGGAGCUUGGUCGUGGAUUCGAUCGUCACGGCUAUUGCUGGAUUUUCGAGUCAGGGUUGGCAGGUGUAUAUGGCCGGAUUUCUGCUUCCAUUUGCCUCUGGUUCUGCGCCAGCAGCCAAAGGUGUCAUGACGGAAAUGUGUCCCUCCCAUCAACGCCAAGACGCCAUUGCGGCCAUUACUUUGGUGGAAAGUGCCGCCAUGCUAAUAACCCAAGGACUGUUUGGACUCAUUUUUGCCUUCUUUUCAGAGAUUGGUCAGCCGAGAUUGACCUUUUUCUGCAAUGCCGGAUUCGCUCUGGUCGCUACCACGGUUCUGUUUCUUUCGAGAUUUCCACCGCCAGGUAGCAAGCGUAUCGACGAAAUCAACGAUGACGAGGCCGAGACGGAGCAACCUAGGGUGAUGUAG